CCCCCCUCUCAUAUACACACAUAUACACACUCACAUACCCUCCAAGGAGCUGGACCAUCUGACUUACACGGCCCCAACAUCCAAAAUCCUGGAGGAAAAUACACUCUGAUUUUGUUGCCUUCCAAGCUUCCUAGGAUCAACCUCUGCCACCCCACCCCCAAGUCUUUUCUUUUAAACUAUUUUUUUUAAUUUCCACCCUCUUAGAUCUGCUCCACCCUAGCCAUCACCCACUCCACCUUAUCUAUCAACCACCUCUUUGCACUUUUACACCCCCAAGAAAGAUGCAGGGUGGACGUGUUUCACCCCAGUGGAAGGUUGCUGUGGUCUUGCUCUGUAUUAUGAUUUUUGCAUCUGCCGAGAGACCUGUCUUUACUAAUCAGUUUUUGGUUGAGUUGCACACGGGGGGAGAGGAAGAAGCCCGUCAAGUUGCUGCAGAACACGGCUUUAGUGGUGUCAGAAAGCUCCCCUUCACAGGAGGCUUGUACCACUUUUACCACAAUGGCCUUGCCAAGACUAAGAGAAGACGCAGUCUGCCCCAUAAGCAAAAAUUGGAGACAGACCCCAGGGUAAAGAUGGUUUUGCAGCAGGAAGGAUUUGGCAGAAAAAAACGCGGGUAUAGAGACAUUAAUGAAAUUGACAUCAACAUGAAUGAUCCUCUGUUCACAAAGCAGUGGUACCUGAUCAACACUGGACAAGCUGAUGGGACUCCAGGACUUGAUUUGAAUGUGGCUGAAGCCUGGGAGCUAGGCUACACAGGGAAAGGAGUUACCAUAGGAAUCAUGGAUGAUGGAAUUGACUAUCUCCAUCCAGAUCUUGCUGCAAAUUAUAAUGCGGAAGCGAGCUAUGACUUCAGCAGCAAUGACCCUUAUCCUUACCCUCGCUACACAGAUGACUGGUUUAACAGUCAUGGAACCCGCUGUGCAGGGGAAGUAUCAGCAGCAGCCAACAACAACAUCUGUGGGGUUGGAGUGGCUUAUAAUUCCAAGGUUGCAGGAAUACGCAUGCUGGAUCAACCAUUUAUGACGGAUAUCAUUGAGGCCUCCUCCAUCAGUCACAUGCCUCAAGUAAUAGACAUAUACAGUGCCAGCUGGGGCCCAACGGAUAAUGGGAAGACUGUGGAUGGACCCAGAGAACUAACUCUCCAGGCAAUGGCAGAUGGUGUGAACAAGGGCCGUGGGGGCAAAGGCAGCAUCUACGUGUGGGCUUCCGGGGAUGGAGGCAGCUACGAUGACUGCAACUGUGAUGGGUAUGCCUCGAGCAUGUGGACCAUCUCCAUUAACUCCGCCAUCAACGAUGGCCGGACCGCUCUGUAUGAUGAAAGCUGCUCUUCUACCUUAGCAUCUACAUUUAGCAAUGGGAGGAAGAGAAACCCCGAAGCCGGUGUGGCAACCACGGAUUUAUAUGGCAACUGUACUUUGCGGCAUUCGGGAACAUCAGCCGCUGCCCCUGAGGCUGCCGGAGUGUUUGCCUUGGCGCUGGAGGCUAACCGGGACCUGACAUGGAGAGACAUGCAGCACCUGACUGUGCUCACAUCCAAAAGGAACCAACUUCACGAUGAGGUUCAUCAGUGGCGGAGGAAUGGGGUUGGCCUGGAGUUCAACCACUUGUUUGGCUAUGGGGUCCUCGACGCAGGAGCAAUGGUGAAAAUGGCCAAAGACUGGAAGACAGUCCCCGAGAGAUUCCACUGUGUUGGAGGUUCAGUACAAAAGCCUGAGAAAAUACCAUCCAACAACAAAUUGGUUUUGACGCUCACAACUGAUGCUUGUGAGGGAAAGGAAAAUUUUGUCCGCUACCUUGAACACGUGCAAGCUGUCAUCACAGUGAAUGCAACAAGGAGAGGAGACUUGAACAUCAACAUGACCUCCCCAAUGGGUACCAAAUCCAUUUUGCUGAGCCGGCGCCCAAGAGAUGAUGACUCUAAGGUGGGUUUUGACAAAUGGCCGUUCAUGACCACUCACACUUGGGGGGAAGAUGCCAGAGGGACAUGGAUUCUGGAAAUUGGGUUUGUUGGGAGCGCGCCACAGAGGGGAGUGCUGAAGGAAUGGACAUUGAUGCUGCACGGAACACAAAGUGCCCCCUACAUAGACCAAGUAGUGAAAGAUUACCAGUCCAAGCUGGCGAUGUCCAAGAAGGAAGAACUGGAGGAAGAACUAGACGAAGCUGUGGAGAGAAGUCUUAAGAGCAUACUGAGCAAAAACUAAUGCCGCAUGUCUGUUUUUGCCUUCACUCCUUCCUUUCCUCUGAGCAUCUUUCUACUCAAUCCUUCUGUUAGACCUGUAGCAAAUACUGUCAUUGCCCCAAAAUCACAUUCCCUUGAUUUUAUUUCACACAUUCUGUCAACAAUUAUUUUCCUUACAA